AUGUCGGAUUCAGUGGAUCGUGUCUUCGUCCAUGCCCUUAACACGGUGAAACGCAUUCCCCGCACGGGGACCGCUAGACCGCCGGCGUCGGAGAGAUUGAAGCUUUAUGGCUUGUAUAAACAGAGCAUGGAAGGCGAUGUCGAAGGCGUCAUGGAUCGACCGGUCGGGAAUACCGCGGAUGUGUUUAUGGAGUGUGAGAAAUGGGACGCAUGGCACGCCCAACGAGGCCUCUCCCGAACAGAAGCCAAACGACGCUACAUCUCCACCCUCAUCGAAACCAUGCACAACUACGCUUCCCAAACAGCCGAGGCAAGGGAACUCGUCGCAGAAUUGGAAUUCGUCUGGGAUCAGAUCAAAUCCAACCCGUCUUCGUCGUCUAUGUCGUCGUCUCAGGGCCUCGGUAGUCCGGUGGCUUCGGCGGCAGCGGUGUCCAUACGGGAUCAUGCACGGAUUCAGCAGCAUCAGCAGCAGCAGUUCCAGCAGUCUAGUAAUAGACUGACUCGUCCGGAGUAUGAGCAGUUACUUGCUACCACGGCUAGAGGGAGAGGGAGUGAGAGAUUACGGGUGUUGAGUCCGGUUAGUCAGGCGGAGUCGGGGUUUCGACGACAGAUGGAGGAGGAUGAACCACCUGAAGAAGAAGAAGAGGAGGAGGAGGAAGAGGAGGAAGUGUACGCGGAAGCGCAAGAUAAUCUGUUCGAGAAUGAAGACGACAACGACGAAGAAGAAGAACAUAUGGAGGAAGAAGACUACAACAACAACACUCACGACCGUCACGAAUCGCAUGACUACCAUCAACAACAACAAGGGUACAACUUCCCCUCCCAUCAGGAGGAAGACUACGAUCACGAUACUACCCUAAGUCGAAGACGACGUCGACCACCACCAACACCCUUGGACGACUCCAAACGCUGGCGUCGCACCGUCGAGCAGGCCUUGACGACCAUGACCGCCGAGAUCGCCGCCGUGCGAGAGCAAUUGGAAGCGCGAGCACUAGCUCAUCGUCGACGAACAGGCCUGUGGGCCUGGCUAAAGUGGUUGGUUUGGGUCGCCGCACGGCAGAUCAUGGUUGAUUUGGCGUUGCUCGGUAUGCUUCUGAUCUGGAUGAGACUGCGAGGAGAUCGCAGGUUAGAGGAGAAGUUGAAGGUGGGUUGGGCGGAGGUGAAGACCAGGUUGGUGUUCUUGAUGCUAUUUAGGAGGGUUAGGAGGGUGGUGUCCGCGUCUCCUACGUCUUCAUCAUCAUCUUCUUCGUCUGGUGAUAAGGCCCCGUGA